AGUUAGGCAGGGCUGUAUAUUGUCACCAACCCUUUUUAGCCUGUAUACAGAGGAGCUAGCAGCCAGGAUGAGAAGAAUGAAUGUAGGGGUAAGUGUGGGGAAUGAUAAAGUAUGUGUGCUCCUUUAUGCAGAUGAUGUAGUUGUUAUGAGUGAAUCGGCAGAUGAGCUUCAAAGUUUGUUGGAUGUGGUGGAUGGCUAUGGUAAAGACUUUGGAGUAAGGUUUAGCAGUGAGAAAAGCAAAGUAAUGAUUGUGAAUAGAUCAGAGGAUGAAAGUAAUGUGGUAUGGAGACUUGGAGAGAAUGAGUUGAGACAGGUGCAAGAAUACAAGUACUUAGGGAUGUGGAUGAGUCCUAGUGGAUGUGCAAAGGCAAAGAAUGAAAAGAUAAGUAUGGUAAACCAGUGGGUAGGUCGAUUGGGAAGCGCGGCAAGGAUGAGAGCAAGUAAGUAUGAUGUGUUGAGAGAAGUGUGGAAGAGUGUGGCUGUGCCAUGUAUAAUGUAUGGUAUGGAUGUGAUUGCAUGGAAUGAAAGUGAAAUUGAUAAGUUAGAAGUGGGCCAGAACAAAGUAGCAAGGAUGGCACUGAGUGCACCGAAGUGCACAGCAGUUGAAGCCUUGAGAGGUGACAUGGGAUGGAGCACCUUCAGAGAAAGACUGACAAAAGCCACACUUAGGUACAAGAUUAGGCUUGAGAGAAUGGAUGAUGCAAGAAUAGCAAGGAAGGUGUACCUGUGGAAUGAAAGUGGAAGCAAAUGGAGGAAGAGAUGCAUGAGAAUGACAGACAGGAAUGGAUUGCAAGUUGUGUGGGCGAUAAGAAUGGCUGGGAGGAAUCAAAAUGAGCGUGAAUGGGUGGUAACAAGAGAAGGAAGAGUGGGAGCCGAAUGGGAUGUGAGAAAAUGGAAGAAUGAGAUAGACAAAGAAGUGAAAUGUGUGGGACUGAAUGAAUGGAAGAAUGAGAUGGAAAGAAAGAAGACCCUGGAAUGGUACAAGGAGAAAGAGGCCCCGAAGUAUGAAAGGUGGUAUGAUGGAAGCCUGGGCGGUGAUCUUCUCUUCCGAGCGAGGGCACAGUGUAUGGAUGUGAAUGCAAGGAGUUACAGGUGGUCUGAAUCCCGCAGCAAAGUGUGCCAGAUGUGUGACAUGGGAGAGGAUGAGACGGUGGAACAUGUGGUGCUGGAGUGUGUGCAGUAUGCCAGAGACAGGAAUGAGAUGAUGCAAGUGAUACUGACUGAGUUAGGGCAUGAUAGGAAUGAAAGAGUGGAGAAGACAGGAAAGGAAUGGAUGGUGUUGUUGCUGGGACUGUGUAGAGAGGCGAAUGAAAGGAUGAUUGAGGCGGUGAAAGAGUUUCUGGAGAGAAUGUGGCGUGCCAGGUGUAUGAACAAUUAGGAUAGAGGAUGCUGUUCGUUUCUCUUUUUUUUUCCCCCUUUCUACAGGAGUUGCUGAUCCAAAGGCCUGGCUCAGGAGUGAUCCUUACUUAGGGAUGUGGAUGAGUCCUAGUGGGUGUGCAAAGGCAAAGAAUGAAAAGAUAAGUAUGCUAAACCAGUGGGUAGGUCGAUUGGGAAGCGCGGCAAGGAUGAGAGCAAGUAAGUAUGAUGUGUUGAGAGAAGUGUGG